AUGCAGGUCCUGAGCCCCCCCCUCACCACAGGGGUCCCCCAGGCUGCAGUCUUUCUAAUGAACUCAGGGCAUCAGGCUGCAGCCCCCCCCCCAGGGCAUCCUAUUCUUCCUCAUUGUGGAUUCUUCUUGACUUUGAGCGUCAGACAUUUGCAAUUCAUCAUCUUUCUCUCAGAGCUUUCAGGGGUCGGGGCCGAAGGGACACAAGAGUCCAGAGAGGUGGGGGGGGCCCCCACCCCCAACACAGGCCCCAACACAAGCCCCAACACCCCCAGGAAGGACCGGGAGGAGGACCGGGAGGAGCCCAGUCCUCCAGGAGACAUGAAAGCAGCGCUGGGAUCAUUAUCAGAGGCAUCGGGGGUCUCCUGCAGCGCUCUCUCAGAUCAAAGAGACGGGGAGGAGGAGGGCUGA